AUGCGGCAGACUGAAGACGUGUGCAUACGUCAUCUGCCCCGAAUGAUCAAACUAGCAGUAGAGACGGUGACCAAGAGUCCGCUAGCCAGCCAAGAGGUGCAGAGGGAGGUGCGCGAGAUGUUGAUGGACCUGGUCUUCCAGGUCACCUCCGAUCUCCUCACAAACAUACAGGAGCCAGCGUGGACUGGUGGUGGGCAGGACUCCAUGGCAGGGAGCCAACGUGUGGCUGGUGGUGGGCAAGACUCCAUGGCAGGGGAGCCAGCGUGGACUGUUGUGGGCAGGACUCAGGGCAGGGGGAGCCAGCAUGGACUGGUGGUGGGCAAACUCCAGGGCAGGGAGCCAGCGUGGACUGGUGAGUGGGCAGACUCGGGCGGGAGCCAGCGUGGACUGGUAGUGGGGCAGGACUCCAGGGCAGGGAGCCAGCAUGGACUGGUGGUGGGGCAAAACUCCAGGGCAGGGAGCCAGCAUGGACUGGUGGUGGGCAGGACUCCAUGGAAGGGCAGCGUGGACUGGUGGUGGGCAAGACUUCAUGGCAGGGAGCCAGGCGUGGUCUGGCAGUGGGCAGAACUCCAUGGCGGGAGCCAACGUGGUCUGGUGGUGGGCAAGACUCCAUGGCAGGGGAGCCAACGUGGUCUGGUAGUGGGCAAGACUCCAUGGCAGGGGCUGGCGUGGUCUGGUGGUGGACAAGACUCCAUGGCGGGGAGCCAGCGUGGUCUGGUGGUGGGCAAGACUCCUGGCAGGGAGCCAGCGUGGUCUGGUGGUGGACAAGACUCCAUGGCGGGAGCCAGCGUGGUCUGGUGGUGGGCAAGACUCCUGGCAGGGGGAGCCAACGUGUGGUCUGGUGGGGUGGGCAAGACUCCAUGGCAGGGGAGCCAAGCGUGGUCUGUUAGUGGACAAGACUCCAUGGCAGGGGCAACGUGGUCUGGUGGGGGCAAGACUCCAUGGCUGGGAGGCUGGUGGUGGACAAGACUCCAUGGCGGGGAGACGUGGUCUGGUGGUGGACAAGGCUCCAUGGCGGGGAGCCAGCGUGGUCUGGUGGUGGGCAAGACUCAUGGCAGGAGCCGCGUGGUCUGGUGA